AAAAAGCAAAAUCUUUAUUUCUCAAUGUUUGAUGAGGAUAGUGUAUAUUUGUCAUAAAAUGAAAUUUCAUACUAGAAUCACAAUGAAAUUUCAAAAAACUCCUACUAAAAGUUAAAAGACUUGGUGCCACCCUAGGGGAAAGUGCAAAAAUUGAAGAGGAAUUAUAAAUCAAAACUUUGGAAUGAGAAGAACACUGAAUUAUUAUAUAGGCUAAAUGCUGUUUUCUCUGGAAGCAUUGAUAUGAUAUUUAAUUAUUUCAAAAAUUAUGUCGACUUCAAUAUUACUUUGAAAAAGAUAAAAUAAAAAUUCAAGUAAGAAUAGAGAAACAACCCUGAUAAACUGUUUGACAAAUGCAAGAAGCCUAAAUUAAGAGAAAAACUUUAAAAAAAAUUAGAAUAAGUGGCUAAAAUGCAAACCUUAAAUUUAGUGCCUAGAUGGAGUCAAGUAUCUGAGAUAGAUAAAGAUUAAAUCUAAGGAGAAAACCAAUAAGACACUGAAAUUUAAUAACACAUAUUUAAUGAGAUAAACGAACUGUUGAAAACAAAUAAAAUAAGAUAAGCUUAAUAAAGAAGUCAAUAAUAAUCAAAUUGA